GCGUUCUAGAUGAGCAAACAAAAGUCUGAAGUAUUUCAAACGAACAAUUCCUCAGCUACCGAAGUCAAGCAAUGCGAAACCCUAACCAAUAAUAAAGAAAAUAAGGAUUGAAGAGGCUGACAAAAGUAAUUUUGAGCUGAUUCGUGUUUGGUCACAUGACAAAAAUGGAUUCUUUUGCACGUCUGGUCACGCAUUAAAAUAGAAUCCUUUUGAUUUUUAUUUGAUGGACAUAUUUCCCUCGCCCGAGCUCUCGUCGCGUCCCUCCUACCCAGUCCUCCUGCCAGCCAUUCAUAUGCCUCAUCCGUUCUUCGGCUCCAUCUCCUGUGGUCAGAUUUCGAGUGCACCCCCGGUUUUCUAUACCCGUGGGGCUGCCUUUUUCCGCCAUGGCAGCCUUCAUCGUCGGAGAAGUAUUUGUGCCGAGACUUCCGAUGGAAUGGGCGCUCCCGACGCCGGUGAAAGCAUCUUAGAAGGCAGCGCUCAUGGAGAAAGGAGCCAAUCUUCGUCGGAGGCUGCAUCGCGCGUUCCCUCUCUUCUAGCUUCUUCGGCUCCAGUAAUCGAGAAGGAUAUUAAGAAGGUUGUUCAGAAAACUGCUGCUACCUUUGCCCCAAGGGCUUCUACUGCAUCUAAGAAUCCUGCAGUACCUGGAACUGCGCUCUACACAAUCUUUGAGGUUCAAGGCUAUGCUUCAAUGUUAAUCGGUGGCGCCCUUUCUUUCAAUCUUAUAUUUCCAUCAAAUGAACCUGAUAUAUGGAGGCUGAUGGGGAUGUGGUCCAUUUGGAUGUUCACUAUUCCUUCACUAAGAGCACGAGACUGCUCCAAGAACGAAAAGGAAGCUCUGAAUUACUUAUUUCUUCUGAUACCAUUACUCAAUGUCCUCAUCCCUUUUUUCUGGAAAUCCUUCGCGGUUGUUUGGUCAGCAGAUACCAUUGCCUUCUUUGCAUUGUAUGCUUGGAAGAUGGGUUGGCUUCAAAGGGCAGAGUGAACUGCUUGCUUACUCCCAAUAAACCAAUGUAAGCCACAUGCUUACUAUUACAUGUGUUAAGAUGAAUCAGGUUUCAAUUCAGUGUACUUUAAUUGAAAGAUAUAUUCCUCAGUUUUGAUAUUAUGUACAUUAUGGUGCUGUACAUAUAAACAGUUUUGUUUGGUUUUGGAAAAAAAAUAUUA